CAAUCUUUCUUAUCUAUUUUUUGUUUCAGCCUUUGGCAAAGAAGAAAAAGAAUUAGGAAACAAGCCGACAUAUAUACAUAUAUAUAGAGGAACAAGAAGAUAUCAACAAUGGCAGAAAAUGUUUUCAUGUCGUACGUUUCUUCGAUGGAAGGCACAAUGAUUUCAUAUGGCUGUUCUGGCAUCUUAAUUGCAAGAGAUUGGGUGCUUGCACACGGUUCCAUACUAGAUCCUGUUUUAUCCCGAUCUCCAGAUUUCCUUCGGUUCUUUACAGUCUUAAACACUGGAGACUUAGUUAUGAUUCAAACGUCAGAGGGAUUGAUCGAUGAAUUAACAUUUCAAAUACAUCGUAACCAUUCGUUAAAGAAAUCAGCAAAGUUAGUAGCUGUUUGGAAAUGUCCUCUUUUGAAGGAAACGCUAGACAACUCUUUGAGAAAUUUCACCUUUAAGAACCAACAUGGCCCUGAUCAUCUUUUGUUAUCUGUCUUCUUGGUAAUUAAAUGCAAGUCGUUUGAAACAAGCGCUGAAACAAAAGGACGUGAAAAGAACUGGACAUUCGUAGAAAAUGACCUGUCGGAUAAAACGAAAAUUGAACAAAUUUUAUUUCAACUUGCGAAACAAGCUGCUAUCGGCAAACUUACAAAAGGAGCUAUUGUUGAAUUAACUUCGACACCGUUCGGAAAUCCUUUUUUCAUAGACUCUACGAGCCAUGGCAUUGUAGGAAACUUACUUGGAGUCAACGAAUGUCUUAUUCUAAUCGACAUGACUGGUUUCCCUGGAUGCGAAGGCAGUCCUAUAUUUUUAACGAAUGAUCGUGGUGAAAAAAAUAUUUGCGGCAUGGUAAUCGCAUCGCUGAUUCAAUGUCGUGGAGAAUGGAUGAAUUGUACUUUCGCUGCGAACCUGUUACCAUUGUUGAAACCAAUUCUUCGAAAACGAGCCUUGAAUUUUCGCGAUUUUCAAUAUUCAUCCUGUACAAUUUUGCCUUGUAUGCAGCGGAUUCUUACUCGAAAGAGUCAUUUCGAAAUUGGUAUGUACCUUACGAAGCAUUUUUCUUCUCUUGCUUUUCCUUUUUUUUUUUUUU